AUGCCUCUUAACCUGAAGAUCACAUGGGGGGCGGGUGCAUCUUCGGCGAGACUGCUAGGCCUUGACGAUGGCAUCACACUCUCCGAACUCAAGGGCGUGAUCGCCGAGAAAUCCGGCAUCGAGACCCACAGGGCGCAGCUCAAGGCAGGGUUUCCACCGAAGGAUGUUUCCGGUUCUGACGCCGACCCCGUAGUCUCGCUCGGGAUAACCUCCGGCAGCGCGCUAACGGUGCUCGAGCGCAAGGCCCCCCCUUCACCGACACCAACACCGACACAACCAUCACCAUCACCACCACCACCUAGCUCCGUCCCCUCUCCCCCCUCUUCAGCGGCGGCUAGAAGAACCACCAGCGUUAGCGCGGCGCCGCCGGCUCCGCCUCAGUUGCAGCGGCGACAGGAGCCGGCGGUGGACCCUGCACUGGUCCAAUCCUUGGUGGACAUGGGGUUUGAGCAAGGGUUCGCCGCCAAGGCGCUGGAGGUAGCGGGCGGGGACAUCAACACUGCGGUGGAAAUCUGCAUGUCGGGAGACCCUGCGGCCCUGGGCAGCGAUAGCGGGCGGGCAGCAUCAACGGCAACAGCAGCCAGGAUCAUGGUACGCCGUAUCAUCGACGCGGACAACUCUUGUUUGUUCAAUGCCGUGGGCUACGCUCUCCGUCGAAAGAGAAAAGUGGGCACGGAGCUGCGACAAAUGAUCACGGAGGCUGUGAGAGGGAGCCCGGAGGUGUACAACGAGGGUAUUCUCGGCAAGCAGCCGGAGGAAUACUGCAACUGGAUUUCGGACCCCAAAAGCUGGGGGGGCGAGAUCGAACUAUCUAUCCUCUCCAAAAAGCUGGUUGUGAUGAUCACCGUGGUGGAUAUACAGACAAACAACGCCUACUCAUACGGAGAAGAGCACGGCUUUGGCCGGCGGCUUUUCAUCAUCUACGACGGGAUUCACUACGAUGCGUUGGCGGAGGCAGCGAACGAGACGGCCCCUGAAUCGGACGACGUUACUGUAUUCAACCCUUCGGAGAAGGAGAAGGAGAUAUUGGCCAAGACGGUGGCGGCCGACCUCAAAGCGAGGAAUCAGUACACCGACAUGGGAAACGCUAGCCUCAAGUGCAUGGUUUGCUUCAAGCUGCUAGCUGGAGAAAAGGGGGCUCUCGAGCACGCCAGAGCUACAGGGCACCAAAAUUUUGGGCAGGUCUAGGUUGUGAACUGUCCUUGGUCUCCCCCUUUCUGGGCAUUUCGAAGGGAGGGAGCUUUGGACAGCUAGCUAGCUAGCGUUGUUGUUGUGUCUGUUGCUGCUUAUUAUAUUAUGCUAUAGUUUGUUUACCCUCCGGGUGAUGAGAGGAUCGAGCAGAGAGCAUGUUUGAGAGGAGAUAGAUGUGGCUGCGGACCGAUUCUAAAAUCCGCAAGCUGAAGAAACAGAGAGAGGGAGAGUGGCUGUGGGCCCGUUUUGGAAACCGCAAGCAAGCGUGAUCAUGACAAAGUGAGCAAGCUAAGUCUUUUCGAAGGGGACUUAGGACCAAUACCUACAACUCCGCCGCCUCACGUGGUUGCUUGGUUGUGGGCGGCCGGGCGCUCUUCGCCUUGCUGCGUCGGGCCGUGGACAUGUGGUACUUUUCACAAUGUUCGGUGGUCUGGAGCGUUGGCACUAGUCUACAUACUUUUUUUUUUUUUCUUGUUUGGUGGUGCAUAGCGUGGCCCACACAUCAUCAGCAUGUAGAUAGGCUAGAUAGGUAACUGACACCCGUAUGUACGUAGAUGGGACCUACAGUAAUAGUAGUACCUCUCACCAUGGGUAGUAGGUGUACCUCUCACCAUGGGUAGUAGGUGUACCGACCACGUAGUGCACUGUGAUCACCAUGCCUGGUGGCACAUCGGUAUGCUUGCUUACUCGUCUUACUGUAGGUAGGUGCGUAACGUGCGAUAGAUGUACAUCCAGUAUUACCGUGUGUAAAACCCGCUAGCAUACCCGUGCUUGUGGUUCAAUGGAAGACGUACUACCGUACCGAACCGUGAACACGUACCAUACCUUGCUGCGUUGUCAGGAACCAGUAGCACGCAGUGUGUGCCACUAUUCGCUUUGUGCAGCCAGCAUCUCUUCUCACUCUCGUCAUUAAGUACUGAGCGUCGUGCGUGAUGCUGUCUAUAGUCUGGACCACUUGCUGCUACCACACCUGCCUGUCCUGGUGAUGACUCCACAACGGAAAAGAGAGAUGUAUGCCGACCUUCUGGCAACCACCCACUUCACUAUGCAUACAGCAGUAUUAUUAGGACAAGCUUCUUUUGUCAUGCUGCACAUGCAGAGUUGGAUGUGUUCCACCGGUGAUAAUGAUCAGCACUGGUACUGUAGCCUCCUGUCUUUCGACAAUUGCAAUCGGUGUCGGUCGCCCCGUUGGUCUAGUCGGUAUCCUCGAAACCUUCUAGAGGUCCGGUCAGGGGUUCGAAUCCGGGCGUCAGCGAGCUUUUCUUGCAAAGUGAGUUUUUCUCUCGCUUCCGCUCCUGGCCUAGUGGAUAGCGCUAGUUCGUGUGUACACAGAGGGAAUAGAGUGCUGAACUCUUCUCGCAUUAAGGACCGAGGGCAACGUGCCGGAGGAGGGGAGGGUAGAGAGGGGCCCUUCUGUGUGACCACGAGUUGAAGUAAACGGCACUAGUGCUGUGAGCGCUGAUUUGAACUG